GGGAUCCUACCUUGGAACGAGCCAACACCAAGCCGCCGUUGGUCCUACCUGACCGCGCGAGCAAGCAAACCGAGGAUCGUUCUCGAACACUGGACAGCAAGGAAGACAACUGAGCACCCAAGAUGGCACCGAAGGAGUAUCUGAAACCGGUGGAGAAAGUGCGGAGGCGAUCCAACAUCUACCAUUCCCCCACCUUCGGGGUGCCCAUGUGGGCAGGCAGGCCCCAGCCCCCGUUGACAAGAUUCGCUAGGGAUGUUCGGGCCUUUCUACGGGGGAAAGGGACUGGUGGAACGGGACGCGUGGAGGAGGCGUAUCCGGUGGGAGUAGCCCGUGCUAGGGAGACCGAGCAUAUCACCGUUGAUACGAUACGUAAGGUUGGAACAGUCGGCGCGAUUGGGGAGGAAGAGGGGUGCUGGCAAGCUUUGGUGCGAUUUCAGCUGUGCAAGACGUCGGCGGGGGGCAAAGGCCAUGUCACAAUAGCCAUGGAGACCUCCUUCAGGCCUCUUGGAGAUUUAUCGGACGAUGACGAAGAAAGGGAAGACAUAAAUCCUCCCCCGCCGGCGUACGUUGGAGGAAUAGCAUUAACUACCCACCAGUGUCAUAAAUCGUUUGCCAACAUGCUCCUGUCCAUGUACUUCACGGCGAAUGAAACUCUUCUGGAGGGCGCCUUUAGCUACAAGACGGACGCCGAGCUCUUACCCCCCUGCGGCAAAGCCGAGCGGACAGCCCUCGCAGCCAGGAAAAAGGCGUUCCUCGACAGCCUUCCCGGCAAGCUUGGGCUUGAUGUGAUGGGAGGGGAAGAAGGUCAAGGGCGCUCGGGGUUGAUUCAGGCCUUACUUGCGACACCACAAGCCGUACUUGGUGAUGGCCUAGUCGAUAACAACAAUGAAUCAAUGUUCCAGGUCACUAGCGUGACACCCGAGUCCCUGGUGGACUUUUACGGCGUGCGGGUCGAAGACACUAUCGUGGGCAUAAACGGGUACCCCCUGAUUCGGCUGUCGAGGGCUGGAUUUCUCGGAAAGGUCGCCAAGGCUCUUACCACAUGCGCUUCCGGGACUCCGAGCGGUGGUGUUCUGCCACUCUUCCUCGUCCGCAAGAGAAGUCGCCUCCACUUCUCACGAAAGCGCAGAUCUCUAAAACAGAGCCUCUCCAAGCCCCUCGCGCCCCUGGGAGGCGAAUGGGGUGCCCGCGGCUCCGACCCGCCCCCUCCGGGUGAAGAAAGCGCCGCGCCCGCAGACAAGGGCAAGGGGCAAGGACCGACAAAAACACUACAAGCGGCGGCAGCGGCUGCGGCGGCGCAGGGACGCGCCGAACGGAAGGAAUUGAGGAAGCGGCCACUCUGGUGGGACAAACGAGCGAAAGGAUCAACCCUGUGCAUCCUGAGGCUCAGACCAGCGAAGGCCGCAGAACGCCUGAAUCCCGAGCGACGGGUGCAGGAAGACCAAGGGUCACGGGGCCACGUGCCAGGUGAGCCCAUGCUCCCCGGAGCCUUCCUGUCUGGCGCUCUCCAGAUUGGUGCAAUGGAAGUUCCGGCGGGAGCGCAGCUUGUCUCCGUUGGCAAUGUGUGCUGCCGCACCGUGCCCUUCGAGCGUGUGCUACAAGUGGCCACCAGCGCCGGCAAAGGCGAGGACAUUGCUUUCGAAGUUGUCUGACCAUCCCCUCCAAGACCUGGAAAACGAGGUUCCUGGAGUUCGAUACGUGAAAGGUGAUGGCACCAGCGGGUGCUACGUGGCCUAAGCACGGCUAUGUGUUUCCUAACCGGAUGUUUGGUCACAACCCCAUUCUUCUGGUGCUACUGUAUACACCUUUCGCCCUGGCGGACCACGUUCCUGGAGAACCAGACGAAUUGAUGAUUAUCUCAAGUUACCUGCAUGCCCCAAUAGAGUACUUGUGUUAUGCAAUGGACAAAAUAUAGGCCCAUAAACGAGCAAUACUUGAGGUGGAGUAAGGUGGGGAGUGUGCCGAGCGAAGUGCCAUAUGUUCACAAACAAAUGUUUUGUUCGUCUGUUCGAAGCAUCGACCCGAGUGCUUACCACAAUGAAUGAGGUGGCUUGCUAACUAGUUGUAUGGUGACCUAGGCGUCCAAGAUACAGUCUUUUCGGGCUGCAAAACAUUUUCGGCAGACAGGAACUACUUUCAAGCUUCUCCAAUGGACAAUGGUUUGAGACGCACAAGCAGCAGUAGCAGUGAAAAUCCUGGGAAAGGAAUGGGGGCAUUACAAUCGAAACGCAGUUUAGGGAAGUGAACGUGUUCUCAAUGGUGAAUUAGGACCUAUUGUGGAAUGUGGUAUUCUGUUGUGUUGAAGGGUACAUAUUAUCAUUUCAUCGGGGCUUGCAUAUUUUGGAGAAAUAUUCUGUAGUGAGAAAAAUGUUUUUCUGCGAAAAUCGCGAUUGAAGCUGGGGAGCACAUGGUUCGAUGUAACACCUAUCGGCGGAGUGAGUAGGGUGCAAACAAUCAUUGUUGUGACGCGGUAAGGCCUUCAUAACAUGAUUCACAGCGGUCUGAGCGAUGAAGUGGUGCUGGGUGCUUCACCUUCAGCGUGUUUCCUUGCGCAUUGUCU